UGAUCUGUGUGAUGUAUGAGUUUGAGAAAAAUUUUCUACUGUUUGGUUUAAGUUUGGUUGUACGAAAAAUGGUUUAAAAUUGCAUUAUUGAAGUUUAAAUUCCGGUCGAAAUGAUAUCAAUGAUAUUAUCGUUUAUCGAUCAAUUGAUUCUGUAACAAAAACCACCAUGAGAGUCGUUUUUAUGGUCGCAGAAAAGCCUUCCUUGGCUGCCUCUCUAGCCAAUAUCCUGAGUAACGGCCAAAGCACAUCUAGAAGAGGUGCCAAUGGAGCAUGUUCUAUACACGAAUGGAAAGGUGUAUUGUUCAAUCAAUGUGUUCAGUUUCGUAUGACCUCCGUUUGUGGUCACGUAUUAACCAUAGAUUUCCACGCAAAGUUUAAUAACUGGGACAAAGUUGACCCGUUGGAAUUAUUCUCAUGUCCGACUGAAAGGAAAGAAGCUACGCCUAAGCUGAGAAUUAGUUCAUUUUUGGCUCAAGAAGCUCGCGGUUGUGAUUACCUAGUUUUAUGGCUCGAUUGUGACAAAGAAGGUGAGAAUAUCUGUUUCGAAGUCAUCGAAGCUGUCAAGAAAUCACUCAAAAGGUCUAUUUAUUUGGACGAUGUCGUUUGGAGAGCUCGUUUUUCGUCCAUCACCGAAAAAGAUGUCAAAGCUGCUUUGUAUAAUCUAGGCAAACCAAACAGAAACGAAGCAUUGAGUGUGGAUGCUCGUCAAGAAUUAGAUUUACGCAUCGGUUGCGCUUUUACUCGCUUUCAAACUAAAUUCUUCCAUAGAAAAUACGGUAAUUUAGAUUCAUCUUUGAUAUCAUUCGGACCUUGCCAAACACCUACUUUGGGAUUUUGCGUCGAAAGACACGAUCAAAUUCAAACAUUUAAGCCAGAACCGUAUUGGGUAUUACAAGUAACCGUAUUAACUAGUGAUAAGAGAGAAAUAUCGCUUACGUAUCAAAAUCCUAGGAUAUUUGAAAAAGAAGCCGCCAAAGCCCUAUUUCAAAGAAUCAAAUCUACUCCUAGUUUAAAAGUAACCAACAUAACAUCCAAAGAGAAAUCAAAAGGGCGUCCUAUUGCCUUAAAUACUGUCGAGCUGAUGCGAGCUGCCAGUGCUGGACUCGGUAUAGGGCCUCAUCAUGCGAUGUCAGUCGCCGAAAAAUUAUACACUCAAGGUUAUAUAAGUUACCCGAGAACGGAGACUUCACGUUAUUCUGAAAAUUUUGAUUUACACGAAGUAUUGCAAAUAUUCAAAUUCAGCGUAGAGUACGGCCAGUAUGCUAGUCAGAUAUUAACCGAAGGUGUAAAUAGGCCUAAAAAAGGCCACGAUGUAGGAGAUCACCCUCCCAUCACCCCCAUGAAAUUAGCAUCCAAUGUCGAAUUGGACGGCGACAGCUGGAAAAUAUACGAUUAUAUAGUGAGACAUUUCCUCGCCUCGCUUGCUCGAGAUUGCAAAUAUAUUAGUACAACUACCACAUUCGUAGCAGAAUCGGAAACGUUCACAUUUGUCGGUGAUAUCGUCGUGGAUCCGGGUUACACUGCGAUUAUGACUUGGCAAAGUGUAGCCAAGAAUAAAAUUUCGCCUAAUUGCAACAUCGGCGAUGUUGUCCCCAUUCACAAUGUUUCGUUAGGUGAUUUCAAAACUACUCCUCCUGAUUACCUGACUGAAUCGGAAUUGAUUUCUUUAAUGGAGAAACACGGUAUAGGCACUGACGCUUCCAUUCCAGUUCAUAUUAAUAAUAUUUCGCAACGAAAUUACGUCACAGUCGGUAGUGGUCGCCGUCUCAUUCCUACUAAUUUGGGUAUUAUUUUAGUACACGGUUAUCAAAAGAUUGAUAAAGAAUUGGUCGAACCGACCACCAGAUCCAAGAUGGAAUCUCAGCUGAAUUUAAUCGCUCGAGGCGAAGCAGAUUUUGAAAAAGUUUUAGGAGAUGUGAUAAAACUGUUUCAAAAGAAGUAUCAAUUUUUCACUAAGAAUAUCGAAGAUAUGGAUAGUUUGUUCGAAGUUUCUUUCACACCGUUGGCUGAAACCGGUAAAGCGUUGUCAAGGUGUGGUAAAUGUCGUCGAUAUAUGAAAUAUAUCCAAGCCAGACCUAACCGAUUGCAUUGUUCACAUUGUAACGAAACGUAUAACUUGCCUCAGAAUGGAAACAUUCGUAUUUUUAAGGAACUUCGCUGUCCCGUUGACGAUUUCGAGCUACUUACUUGGUCUUCUGGUUCGAAAGGCAAAAGUUAUCCUUUAUGCCCUCACUGCUUCAAUAAUCCUCCUUAUUCUGAGAUGAAGAAGAAUUCUGGAUGUAACAUGUGCAUUCAUCCUACUUGUCCUCAGGCUAUUUAUAGUAUUGGUAUCGCGAGCUGCAUGAAUUGCGACGAUGGUAUUUUAGUGUUGGAUCCUUCGUCUGGGCCUAAAUGGAAAGUGCUUUGUAACAGAUGCGACAUUAUAAUGCCAGUGUUCGACGACGCCCAAAAAGUCAACGUUGAAAAGAAGGCGUGUAAAUGCGGCGCUCAGCUUAUUCACGUAGAGUACAAAGAGGAAAAAACCAAGUUACCCGGAGAUCGCGUCGAAAUGACCGAAUGUAUGUUCUGCAAUCACGGUUUAUCUUCGUUAGUCCGCCAACAACACGCAGUCUCUUCCAAACCAGCGUUCCAUCAUCAAGGUGGACGUGGUCCUCGAAAUCGUAAACAUAGUAAGAAAAAUAAAGCGAAACAGCCGAAAGAUAAAAUGUCUCAAUUAGCAGCGUAUUUCGUAUGACACCUCUUAAACGAGAGAGGGUCGUUAACCUCAAUCCAGGGCUUCUUAGGUUACAAAGCGUCUCCUCAUUAUCCUCGAUACAUCAACAAUAUUAUUAUUAUGCUUGUUCGCGCAGCAUUCUGCAAUCACAUUGUAGCAUUUUUUUCUAGUUUUUAUUUAUUCGUAGUUUUUUUUUGUUUUGUUUGUUUACAUACUCGUGCUUCAUCGAUCGAAUUUAUCAAUUUAUUUAACCCUAAUUACAUCUACUACAAGCUCGUGUAAUUUUACUUUUGUACCGGUUUGUUGUUUUUGAACGUGAGUGUACCUAGGUAGAUUGAUAGAUAUUUGAAAAAUAUUCGUAUUAAAUUCUUCCUAAUAAAAUACGUAGAAUUUAUCGAUCGCGAAGCAAAUGGGUAUCCCGGAUCAAAUCCAUGACAAAAAAAUUCGUACUCGUCGCGUCAUUUUUUUCACGUGUUUAAUUCCUCAGACUGAACGUGUGUAGCCUAAUUAAGUACAAUUUAAUGUAUUUUUUCGUUAGCUGAGUUUAUCGAUACUCUCGUUGAUUAUCCAGUGUUAUCGUAUACCGAAGGAUAUAUUUAAAUAUUAAUAAUUUUGCUAUAAUAGUAUUACUCUUACUAAUCGCUUGAUCAGAGAAGAAUAGAUACGCGAGUAAGUUUAGUUUUAUAUAAAAAUGUAUUUUGUCUAAUUUUAUUGUUUUUUUUUUUUUUUCAUUUUUUUCAUUAGUGCAAUUGUUGUAAUUUAACGGAUUUUUACUGUUCCUAGGAUUCAUUAUCUGUUGGACUAUAUUAUAAUUGAUUGGAUCACCGUUUAUUUAAUUCUUUUAUUUAUUUUUUUUCCUAAUUUAUGCGAAUGAUCUCAAAUUUCAAACUAAAAUAUACAUUAAUGUAAGACCUGAUGUGUUUGUAAGCGCUUCUUAUUAACGUGUAUUUUAUUUGAUAUUUAUAUCAUUACCGAAUGUAAAUGCCAUAAUUAUAAAUUCUCGAAGAGUUCA